AUGUCACAAACUACAUCAAAAUUUGUUGGCAUAGAUUCGGAUCCUCUAAAUGAUUCUUCCAUACGCAUUGUUUCUUUAAAUUUUGUUUCUAAAAAUGAUGCUGGCAGCAAUACUGAUUCUCCAAAUGGUGCUUGCAGCAAUACUGAUUCUCCAAAUGAUGCUUGCAGCAAUACUAAUUCUCCAAAUGGUGCUUGCAGCAAUAUUGAAUCUCCAAAUGGUGCUUGCAGCAAUAGUGAUUCUCCAAUUGGUGCUUGUAGCAAUAGUGAUUCUCCAAAUGGUGCUUGCAGCAAUACUGAUUCUCCUAAUGGUGCUUGCAGCAAUACUGAUUCUCCUAAUGGUGCUUGCAGCAAUACUGAAUCUCCAAAUGGUGCUUGCAGCAAUAGUAAUUCUCCAAAUGGGGCUUGCAGCAAUACUGAUUCUCCAAAUGGUGAUUGCAGCAAUACUGAUUCUCCAAAUGGUGAUUGCAGCAAUACUGAUUCUCCAAAUGGGGCUUACAGCAAUUAUGUUGCUUACACAAAUACAAAUCGCUCAAUUCUAAUAAAGUUAAACUCAUAUUAUGAAAAUGAAAAACCGUUGCCAUUCGACAUACAAGCAAAAGGCUGUUGCUUUAAUGACAAGAACAAAAUUCCCCAUUCAGUACAGUGA